ACCCUAUCCGUGUUACUGCACUCACAGUCGAUGCCGAGGGUGCCGUCAGUCCAGGUUUCCGUGUCUCCAGAUGAGGAUAUUCCGUCUGUGUCCUCCGCCGUCGACGGCAGCGUGAACGGGGAUGUUGUCGCUGGCCCGACGCCCGACCCCGAGUUAGACGACGUAAUGCUCAUACCCGGCGACGCAGUGGGACCGACAGGAACGCACUUGGACGAUAACGUGCCGCCAUCGUCUCGCGCGACGACCAGCCGACCACGGCGGCUGCCCAGUCUUUCCAACCUAGUCCUACAUUCGCCCUCGUCCAUCGUCGGCACGCCACUCGACCCCGCCGCACGCUUCGAGUACCCCUUCCCGCCAUCGAGCGAGGGCUCCUCGCCCGAGCUCGAAAAUAUCUACUCGCCCUCCCUCGCAUACAGCCCCUUUCUCUCCCCGGGUCCCUCGCGAUUCCACCACGUCCCGGUGCCGGCCAUCCCGCUCUUGACCCCGUCCUUCAGCACGCCGGUGUUCACGACGAACCCGCCCGCGCUCUCCCUCCCGCACUUCCACCUAUCGUCGCUCCCUUCGCGCGCGCACAAGAAGAAGACCCACCCGCGGCUCUCGCCCAUGCCCCGGGAGCCGCCCGUCCCGCCGCGACUCGCGCAGAAACGCGACCGCGCCGGACUGCGGAUACAAAACGGGAAAGGGCCGGAUCGCACGAAGGAGGAGGAGGAUCUGCGCUCACGCAGCGUCGACGACGGCUCCAGCACGUCGGGCGACCUCACCCCGUCGCCGCAAAACGGCAGCAGUUCCGACUCGCUGCCAGGGGAGUACGACGACCAGCUCAGGCGGUAUAGCUUCCCGAGCUGAAUUCCCCUCCCCCACUGAUUGUAUCUAUCAUCCGCACGCCUCUUGUGUUUUCGGGUCCCUCCCCAGCACUCAUCACGACUUCACGGCAUUGUGUUCCUUGGUUCUUGGUUUUUUGGGUAUUUGAUUUCUCGGUCGGAAUUGUGUCUCCAUAGUCUCGCAUCUUCGUUCGCAUCGCAUACACGCAUUGGCAUUAUCUAUCUAUCGUCUGCAUCAAUCGCAAUCCUGUCGUUUAUACGUCCCACUCGUAUUCUACCGCGCUCCAUCACUUAUUACCCUCCUUUCUAAUUAAAUAACGAAGUGAAUAUGAAUAUGUAUGUACAACAGGGGUGUUUCUGGUUCACAAUGCAAUCUGCUUCACAC